CGGCGGGUAGAGUGGUGCGUUCCUCUCCUCAUCAUCUCCCUCCCUCCUCCCUCCCUUCCUUCCUUCCAGCAGGCAGGCAGGCGGACUUCUCUGUGGAGACGCCGCCACUGCUGCCGCCGCUGCUGCAGGACGCGUGGGAGUCCGUGCGCCAUCCUCUACCUGCCAUAGAACUGCAUUCCUCCUUUUUUCCUCUCAACCCUUUCAUCGGAGGAGUUUGACUGUGUGGAUCUGCCGUCGUCUCUGCUGAGAAACCCGCUUGUCUCUGUGGAGAGAUCGGUCGGGAGUCGGCGGUGAUCGGGCGCUGAUCGGGCUGCGCGGGCGCAUCGCUCUCCUCCGCGCGUUUCUCUGCGUUAUGAUCGUCUCUCCGGGGCGAUGGACUUGAGAUUGUGCCUCUCAAUCUGAGCGCUGCUGCUGGCUGGGGAGUUGCCGUCGCGGAGAAAUGCGAAAGCAUGCUUGGGAAGAGUGAAGGCUACCGCAGGUAACCGAUAAGAUGGCAGCCAGGGAAGCGACUGGGCAAAGCUACCUGGUGGCUUGCUGGCGGCCCAUUCUGAUCUUGAUGCUGGGAACCGUGCUGUCUGGCUCCACCACUGGCUGCCCAUCCCGCUGUGAGUGCAAUGUUCAAGAGCGCUCUGUGAUGUGCCACCGAAAGAAGCUCAUGACAGUUCCUGAGGGCAUUCCUGCAGAAACGAGACUACUGGACCUCAGCAAGAACCGCAUCAGAACCAUUAACCCAGAUGAGUUUUCCAACUUUCCCAACCUCGAGCACCUGGAGCUCAGUGAAAAUACUAUCUCCACUAUUGAACCUGGCGCAUUCAACAACCUUUAUGGCUUGCGGACAUUGGGGUUGCGUAGCAACAAGCUUAAGCUGAUCCAGCUGGGUGUUUUCACUGGUCUGAGCAAUCUGACAGAGCUGGACAUAAGUGAGAACAAGAUUGUGAUCCUUUUGGACUACAUGUUUCAGGAUUUGUACAACCUGCGCUCUUUAGAAGUGGGUGAUAAUGACUUGGUUUUUAUCUCCCACCGGGCUUUUCAUGGUCUUAGUAGCCUUGAGCACCUGAGUCUUGAGAAGUGCAACCUGUCCUCUGUGCCAACAGAGGCUUUUACCCACCUUCACAGUUUGAUCACUCUCAGGCUGCGACACCUCAAUAUCAAUAUCAUACGGGAUUACUCUUUUAAACGGCUCUAUCGACUGAAAGUGUUGGAAAUAGCCAAUUGGCCUUACUUGGAUACGAUGACUCCAAAUUGUUUGUAUGGAUUAAAUCUCACAUCCCUGACCAUUGCCAACGCUAAUCUGACCACGAUUCCUUAUGUAGCCCUGCGGCACUUGGUUUACCUGCGCUUUCUUAAUGUCUCAUACAACCCAAUCCAUACCAUUGAGGGAAAUAAGCUUCAUGAUCUUCUGCGUCUGCAGGAAUUUCACCUGGUUGGAGGCAGGCUGGCAAUGAUUGAGCCCUACUCUUUCCGUGGCUUAAACUACCUGAAAAUCCUAAAUGUGUCUGGGAACAGUCUUAGCACUUUAGAGGAGUCUGCUUUCCAUUCAGUUGGCAACCUGGAGACCCUUGCGUUGUAUGAUAAUCCCUUGGCCUGCGACUGCCGACUAUUAUGGGUUUUCCGACGGCGUUGGAGACUUAAUUUUAACAAGCAGCAGCCAACCUGUGCCUCCCCUGAGUUUGUCCAAGGCAAAGAGUUCAAAGACUUUCCGGAUGUUCUACAGCCAAACUACUUCACAUGUCGCAAGUCCAGGAUUAGGGAUCGCAAACCCCAGCAGAAGUUCGUUGACGAGGGAGCCAUUGUUCAUUUUGCUUGCCAAGCAGAUGGAGAUCCUGCUCCAGUGAUAAUGUGGCUUUCUCCACAGAAAAAGUUUAUUACCUCCAAGACAAUUGGAAGGAUCUCUGUGCUGCCAGAUGGUACCCUUGAGGUGCGCUAUGCCCAGAUUCAAGAUAAUGGCACUUAUGUGUGUAUAGCCAGCAAUGCUGGUGGAAAUGACACCUCUCUGGCUCACCUGCAUGUUCAUAGCUACUCGCCUGACUCACUACACCAACCCAACAAGACUUUUGCUUUCAUUUCCAACCUGCCCACAGAGACUGGUGCUAAUGGUACAAAAGCCAAUGUCCCAUUCCCAUUCGAUAUUAAAACAUUGAUCAUUGCAACCACAAUGGGGUUCAUAUCCUUUCUUGGUGUUGUGCUGUUUUGCCUGGUGCUGCUGUUCCUUUGGAGCAGAGGUAAAGGCAACACUAAGCAUAACAUUGAGAUUGAGUAUGUGCCACGGAAAUCGGACGCUGGCAUGAGCAGCACCGCGGUGGAUGCUCCUCGCAAGUUCAACAUGAAAAUGAUUUAACAGAGCUGUGGUACAUCUUAAUUUGGAACUUAAAAAUAAGACAAAUGGGAAAAAAAAUAACAUUUCCUUUCCUCUCUUGGAAACCUGUGGAUCAUGGUCUGUUAACAUAGAGUAAUGUUUUCUUUCGUGACUGUUGGACUUCACAGGUCAGUUCCUGACUUUUUAAAGUUGGAGGGAAUUAAACUGCACCCAGUGUUACAGGACAUCUGUGUUUUUUGCAAGGCCUGAGUGAGCAUUUAUUGAAAGUCAGAUUUGUCAUGAGAAGUUCAUAUUAUUAUGGAUAUCUAGUGGGUAAAUUGUAUCAAGAAAAAAUAAAAAGAAAAAAAAAUCUACAGCCAAAAUAUGAGGGGCAGAUCAUAUUUGGACCACUGCUGUUUUAUUCUCUGUAUUUUUUUUUCCAAUAUACCUUUUUUGUUUUUUCUUUCAGGGUUAGAUGUCAUGUUAUGAAUGAGAUUUGUAUGAUUUUCUGAUAAAUACAUUGUCAUGACAGUGCAUCCAUGUUACAAUUGUGAAUAAAAUGUACUUAGCAUUUUUUUAAACUUUUUUUUACAGUCGCAAUUGUUUUGUGAUUCAUCCUGUUAUGUAUGUCACAGCACCUGAAAUAUGUUGUUAAACAUAAUUCCCAACAAAUGAGGAGAAAUAUAUAGGAUAUGGCGGCGGCGCUAUAAGAAAUUCUAGACAAAAAACUGAAUUCUCGAAGACUAAUUUGACAACAGUUGAUUAGAGUCCAAGAAGCUAUUAGCAUCAGUUAAUGCUAUUAUAUUCUUUUUAACUAAUGCUAAAAGCUGCAAAUAAAGCUACUGCGUAGCAAAUGACAUUAGCUGCCACGAAUGCUAAAUAUAAUCGUGCUAAUGUUAAUUUAACUAGCAGUUGAACUAGCUAAUUUAGCAAUAGCAAAAAAAUGCAAAAUAGGUUCUGUAAACCAGGUUGAAUUUUUGAAUACGUAAAUGAUGAAUCUCCAAAAUAAUUUGGAGAUUCAUAAACCGGACAAUAUGAGUAAAUAUUUUUCCUAUUGAUACUAACUCUUAGUGCUACACUGUACAAUAACAGCUAAACAUGUGUUGGAUAAUCUUUAUUUUAGAAAGGCAACAUUAAGUGAUGAAAAGUAGCACAAAAUUGUUUUGUUAAAUCUUUCUAUUAACAUAGAACUUUAGCUUUGGGGAGAACUCUGACAUCUUUGAAAGUCCUGUAGGUACGGUAUUUUACACUAAUGGAUAAAAGCACGUUAAAGUACAUGAGACAUGUUGUUCAUAUGAUGCUUUGAGUGAUCAGGAUCUUGACGUUAAACUGAAUGGUAGAUAUUGGAACUUUAAAGUCAACCCACUGGUUAAAAGCAUUGACUUGUGUCCUUGUUUUCGCAUUUGACAAAAAUUCAAACAUCACGGGAUUAAGAAAGUUGAGUUAAAGCAUUAAAAACAGCAUUCAUUAAAUUAUCAGUAGUUGACAAAAACUGUUUCCUAGGCUGUGGUUAGAGCUGGAUCUAGGUCCAUUUGCAGCAGAAAUGCUGGGUCUGGCUCAGGUGAUGUUUCGUUUCCAUCCUCAGCGCGACUUCAGGUGCGAAUAGGUGGGUUUCCGAGGCAGAACACCUCCCAAGUCUGCUCGGCUGAGUUUGUGCGAUCGAGACUUUACCUGAAACAUCCAAGAUGUAAAUGAGACUCCCGGGAUAAUCUGCUCACUUAGACGGAUUUCCUCCCAUGUCUUCUUUUUUUAUGCUAUAAUACAUGCAAAGGUUAAGUCGUGACCACUGUCACCCUCUUUUCUUUUCUUGUUUUUUUUUAUUAAUGUUUUAUUCAUGAUUGUGACCCAUCUCCCAUUAAACCCAUGGAAAUGUUGCCUUCCAAGUAACUUAAAGGGUCGUUUUGUUCCCAGAAAUGAGCACCAAGUGUGGUUGAGGAGUGGAACUGCUCCAUGAUGUGCUCCCCGUUGGUCCUGCAUAUAAAAUCUGAGGUUACAGCAUUAACUUUUCAAGUACACUUUGCGGACAGCCGAGCUUUGCAAACGUGUGCGAGGAUAAAGUUAUUCCUGAUGGAUGGCAUUACAGAUCACGUCACGGUAAUGGAUGGAAGUAUGAACAGAAUAUGCAGAUGGUUGGAGUGACACAGAUGGUUUCACCCAUGGAGCAAUCCGAACCAGCCUCGGUGUAAUCCGUUUUGCAUAAAGGCGGAAAAAAAAAACAACACUGGAUAUGGCUCUCGUUUUUUCCUCUUGCUGAUUAUGAAUGCUCUUUGUUCAAAGUGUGGCUACUGUACCUAGCCCUUUUUCGUUUGUUUGUUUUUGAUCCUGAGUGAUCUGGAGGAUCCUGUUUUUGGAUUUCUGUUCAUCUUACUUUUUCAUUUUGACCCUGGACUAUAUUGAACGUGUAUAGUCCCAGCCAACUUUUUACAAAACAGAUAUUAAAAAAGAAAUCUAUGGAAAAUAAAUUAAAAUUGUUCUGUGCAAUAAAAGUAAUAUGCAGAUUUUUUUUUUGAUUUUUUUUUAAUUAACAAAAUUUUGUUGAUGUUGAAUUGUUGAGAAUAUGGUAUGUUGUAUUAAACAA